GGCCUACUGUGCUGGUGAUCCUGGGGUGCUCUCGCCUCACGGAUCAGCUUUCCUCAUGGUGGUGUGGGCACUGGUUCAGUGCCAGCCUUGCAAAUAAAGCUUGAGCUGUGCAGUUGUAUGCCAGGAACAGGGAUUUUGCUUUCAGCUGAGACAACACUUUGUCCUUUGCAGGUCUUUGAUCCCCAACUGAGUCAUCACCGAUUUGAUUCAAGAUGCCACCGGCCAUCGGAGGCCCUGUAGGAUACACUCCUCCUGAAGGAGGAUGGGGCUGGGCUGUGGUCAUCGGAGCCUUCAUCUCCAUUGGCUUCUCCUAUGCCUUCCCCAAAUCUAUCACAGUGUUCUUCAAAGAGAUUGAGGUCAUCUUCAAUGCGUCUAGCAGCAAAGUCUCCUGGAUCUCCUCCAUCAUGCUGGCUGUCAUGUAUGCAGGAGGUCCCAUCAGCAGCAUCCUGGUGAACAAGUAUGGCAGCCGGCCCAUCAUGAUUGCAGGAGGCUGCCUCUCUGGCUGUGGGCUGAUCGCAGCCUCCUUCUGCAACACGGUGGAGGAGCUCUACUUCUGCGUUGGGGUCAUUGGGGGCCUUGGACUUGCCUUCAACUUGAACCCCGCCUUAACCAUGAUCGGCAAGUACUUCUUCAAGAAGCGUCCACUGGCCAACGGGCUGGCGAUGGCAGGCAGCCCCGUCUUCCUCUCUACCCUGGCACCCGUCAACCAGCUCUUCUUUGGCAUAUUUGGCUGGCGUGGCAGCUUCCUCAUCCUGGGUGGCCUCCUGCUGAACUGCUGUGUGGCUGGAUCUCUGAUGCGGCCCAUAGGUCCCAAGCCAGAUCAGCUAAAGAAAGAGGCCAGUAAGGAAGUGCAGCAGGAGGCUGGGAAGGCACGGAAAAAGGAUGAUGGUGACACCAGCACAGACCUCAUUGAUGGAAAGGCCAAGAAAGAGAAGACCUCGUUAUUCCAGACAAUCAACAAAUUCUUGGAUCUGUCUCUGUUCACACACAGGGGCUUCCUGCUCUAUCUGUCAGGCAAUGUAAUCAUGUUCUUCGGGUUGUUUGCUCCCUUGGUCUUCCUCAGCAAUUAUGCAAAGAGCAAGAAGAUUGCUAGUGACUCUGCAGCCUUCCUGCUCUCCAUACUGGCCUUUGUGGACAUGGUGGCCAGACCUUCCAUGGGACUGGUGGCAAACACCAAGUGGAUCAGACCCCGCAUCCAGUAUUUCUUUGCCAUCUCUAUUAUUUACAAUGGGGUUUGCCACCUUCUGGCCCCCAUGUCCACCAGCUAUGCUGGUUUCUGCAUUUAUGCUGGCUUCUUUGGCUUUGCCUUUGGCUGGCUGAGCUCGAUCCUGUUUGAGACCCUGAUGGACCUGGUGGGAGCUCAGCGGUUCUCCAGCGCUGUUGGCCUGGUGACCAUCGUGGAGUGCUGCCCUGUGCUUCUGGGACCCCCUAUGCUAGGGAAGCUCAAUGACAUGUAUGGUGACUACAAGUAUACGUACUGGGCCUGCGGGGUUGUCCUGAUCAUCGCUGGGAUCUACCUCUUCAUUGGGAUGGGCAUUAACUAUCGCCUGGUGGCAAAGGAGCAGAAGGCAGAGGAGAAAGCAAAGAAUGAAGGGAAGGAGGAAGAGACCAAUGUUGAUGAGGCUGAGAAGCAGAAAGAGGCAAACAAUGAUGUGGCCCCCUCACCUCAGAAGAAUGUGGAGGAUGGUGUCAAAGAGGAGGAGAGCCGCAUGUGAGGGACCGGUCUUAAUCCCAGAGUGUCGGGGAAGCGGCGCUGCCCUGGCGCGGCGGCCGGGGCAGAGCUCCGCUGGCGCUGGGUGGCUGUAAGAAGUGUUUAAACCGGGUGUUCAUUUCCAAACAGGCUCUGAAUUGUCUUUCCAUCUGUGUUAAACAAAGGUAACAGGACUACACAUGCAGUAUCCUCGUGUGUCCAGGGGCAGGGGGGCUUUUAUAGUUUGGCUUUUUAACAGUAACAUGAAUGUACUAAUAUGUGCCUUACAGUCUCCAUAUCUAGCUGAAUCUGAAUGAGCCUUAACUCUAAACUGUGCUUUAGCUCUGUAUUCUGCUUGGGGUUUGGGGGUGGGGGGAUAUAUGUGUUUUGGGGAGUUUUGUUGUUAAAAAGCCAUAAAAAAGCAGGAUACUGGAUUUGUUGAAGCACAAUGGGCUUCAGGGCCGGCCCUGGAUGAAUACUGCUUCACACGCUUCUUACUGCAGGCCCUCUGCGGGGGAGAUGCGGGCAUGGGGUGAGGUGCUCCUCAACCCCCAUGUCUCGUGCCUCCUGGCUCUCUAGGUGGUCUUUAGGUAUGUUUUGAAAACACUUUAGCUACUGUAGUUCUUUAAAAUCCUUGUUUUUGUAGCUGUUCUCUCAUGGGAUAUUCAGGUUGAAGAAAAAUGGCUGCAGUUCUUGUUGGGCAGCGCCGCCCACUCCAUGGCCAUGGCAGCCCUGCUUGUCCAAGCCUUCCCUGGGGUGUGUUGGGGUCCCCCUGCCUCCCCACUCUGCUUCAGUAGUGCCUCUUCUCAGCCCAGUGCUGGGGGAUGUGAGAUGGGCUCAGGUGGUUGUGUUGGCAUUCACACGUUUGUCAGCUGUGCUGCCCCAUCCUGCCCACGGGGUGGGUUUCCAGCAGGGCAUCCCAUCCAGCCAAGUGUUCUGGGUGCCUGACCUUGGGCAGAGUGAUGAGGUGGGUAGAGAUGGUACAUCCCUGAGACUUUUUCUGCUUUUGCUCUUUUAUGUGUAGAGAAACCUCUUUUACUUGCUUCUGUUCAACUGAGAUCUUAAGGCGAUGGUUGCUGAACCUCUCACAUCUAGGACACGUAAGGGGGAGGAAAGAAUUUGUAUGUAUUUAUUUUUUAUUUUUUAGUGUUGGAAAAUAUCUCAACGUACGUGGAGCAGGUUAAUGGCUCUCAAGUUCUAGUAAAUGUUGAUCAGAAUUCAUGUUAAGAGGCUGAGUUUUUUCAAAUAAACUUGUUUUUUUACAAUUUACCCAUCAAAUGUUGAACUUCUUUCGUAGAAGUGUGAUUUCUAUGUGCCACAUCACAUAGAUUUAGGGUCAGUUUUGGGGAGAGGGUGAGGAGGGCUGUGGCAGGGCCUGGCUGCUACUCCAGCACCCUGUGGAAGCUGGACACAUACUGACGGGGUGAGAUGCUCCUUUUCAGCUGGAAGAGGCUUUGGUUAGCAGUUGGGAUGGCUACAGCGUAGUGUCCUCAUGCACUCUGGUUUUAGAAACCUCUAAAAACCCUUGACAACUCCCUUGAUUACGAGAGGGAGGGACAUGCACUUAAAUGUCUGAGUGAU